UGGUUUUAAUUUUUAAUACUACUUAUAGCUAAUGGUCGUCAAACCAAAACUGGGCAGUUCCAAGGAUUUUUACUUAAAAGGAUGUCAAUGAGGCCUCGGAAUAGGGAGGUUUGCGCUGAUUGCAGCGCCCCGGAGCCUCGUUGGGCCUCUAUCAAUAGGGGAGUCCUUAUUUGUGAUGAGUGUUGUAGCAUCCAUCGCGGCUUGGGCCGGCACAGCUCCCAGGUCCGACACCUCACACACACUCCAUGGCCACCAACCCAGCUACAGAUGGUUCAGACACUGUAUAGCAAUGGGGCCAAUUCAAUUUGGGAGCAUAGCCUUCUUGACCCUUCCUCAAUUAUGAGUGGAAAACGAAAGGCCAAUCCUCAGGACAGAGUACAUCCUAACAAAACGGAGUUUGUAAAGGCUAAAUAUCAAAUGCUGGCGUUUGUGCACCGGUUGCCGUGCCGAGAGGACGACAGCAUCACUGCUAAAGACCUCAGCAAGCAACUUCACUCAAGCGUUCGAACCGGUAAUUUGGAGACGUGCCUUAGGCUGCUGUCUCUGGGGGCCCAAGCGAAUUUUUUUCAUCCAGAGAAAGGGAACACUCCGUUACAUGUGGCGGCCAAAGCAGGCCAAGCGUUGCAGGCAGAGCUGCUGACCGUGUAUGGGGCAGACCCAGGGGCUCCGGACAGCAGUGGGAAGACCCCCAUCGAUUACGCCAAGCAAGCAGGUCACCAGGAACUUGCUGACAGGCUGGUGGAGAUCCAGUAUGAGCUUACUGACAGAUUAGCGUUCUACCUGUGUGGGAGAAGACCAGAUCACAAAAAUGGACAACACUUUAUAAUCCCUCAGAUAGCUGACAGCAGCCAGGAUUUGUCUGAACUGGCCAAAGCAGCGAAGAAGAAACUACAGUCUCUCAGUAAUCGUCAGUUUGAAGAACUGGCCAUGGAUGUUUACGACGAGGUGGACAGAAGAGAAACUGACGCAGUGUGGCUUGCGACUCAGAAUCACAGUACCCUGGUGACAGAGACCACCGUGGUGCCUUUUCUCCCCGUCAAUCCGGAAUAUUCCUCCACCAGAAAUCAGGGCAGGCAGAAGCUGGCGAGGUUCAACGCACACGAGUUUGCCACACUGGUUAUCGACAUUCUGACUGAUGCCAAGCGCCGCCAGCAGGGCAGCUGCACCGAGAAUGUCAAAGAUAACGUGGAGCUGAUUCUGAAGGACAUCGGCAGUCGCCACGAAGGCGAGAACCAAGACGCGGACCAGCCGGAUUACGACAGCGUCGCGUCGGACGAGGACACGGAGCGAGAGCCGCUGUCUGGGAAAGAGGAGAGAACCAAGAGCUCCGAGUCGUCGGACUUGUCCGACGGGCCAAUCACGGUGCAGGAGUUUAUGGAAGUCAAGAACGCUCUGAACGCGUCGGAGGCGAAGAUCCAGCAGCUCCUCAAAGUCAACUGCCACCUGAGCGAGGAGCUGCGGCUCAUGCAGAGCAAGCUGAACUCCCUGCAGACUGAAAACAGCUCUCUGAGGUGGCCGGGACACCCCGGCUUGACGCACCAGCAGGGCCUUCAGCGCCGGCCCGCGGCGCGGGGGGGGCGCGCCAUGUCCAUGUACGAGACGGGCUCGGGGCUGAAACAGUACCACCCCAGGGGAGACCCCUCCCUCCCCGACGCCGGAACGUUCGCUCUCCAGUCUCUGCCAAACAACAUUGGGAAGGGUCCUUCCGUGACUGCCUCCUCUUCUCUCCCCACCUUCCCCUCCUCCCUGUCCUGGUCCUGGGACGAGAGAUCCCAAAGGGGCUCCAACCUGGAGACCCAUAGCGCCGUCACGGAGAGCGAUUACGACAACACGCCCAACCAUGCAGAGCUGGAGGAGUCAGGCCCCGGUUCGGUGGGCGUGGCCCGGACCAGCGGGUGGGCAGGGGAGGGGCCGAUCCCAGAGUCCGGAGACGUGGAGGAGUGUGAGGCUGACCCCACGUUACCCUGCACCGAGGACGUCAUCAGCAAGACAGAACAGAUCACCAAGAACAUUCAGGAGCUCCUGCGUGCCGCCCAGGAGAACAAACACGAGAGCUUUGUUCCAUGUUCAGAAAGAAUUCAUGUGGCAGUAACUGAAAUGGCCACUCUAUUCCCUAAGAGGCCCUGUUCUGAGAUGGUGCGCGGCUCCCUUCGCCUGCUGACCUCCAGUGCCAGCCGCCUACAGGGCGAGUGCCAGAAGGCCACGCCCCAUGACUCCUCCCCCGCUGACACACAGCUGGUGACCCAGCAGGUCAUUCAGUGUGCCUAUGACAUCGCCAAGGCUGCAAAGCAGCUGGUUACCGUGACAACCAAAGAAAGCAACUGACUCUGUCCCUGAGAUCUGC